AUGCAUCUUCCAGCCCACAAGCUCCAGCUGCGCCCUAAACUUACCAACGUUCUACAACACUCAAGCAAGACUUCCACUCCCAAGACCCCUGAAGCUUCAACACCAACAAAGCCAGCUAGCAGUAUCAACAUCAAAGACAAGAGAAACAUCAAGAUUGGCAUUGCUGCACUCCGUACCGUCAGCAAAUGGACCGAUAAAGCUGCACUGACGCUCGAGAAGCUCGAGGGCCAAGAGGCGUCGAAGCACUGCCAGGAUCGCCAGGCGCGCUUGGUCGCACAAGAUGGCAGUAUAGGGUACGGAAAGCAAGUUCAAGAUACUGGGGUAUGGAGAGAGACCGUGGUAUACCCGGUACCUGCCCAGGUUGGUAGUUCUAGGGGAUUUGAAGCACACGAACAGCCAAGGGUGUACGGAGCACCAGCACCCUCCACUACGGGAGAAAGCCACAUUACGGCUAGCGUUGUGGAGGCACCGCUCGUCCAGACUCAUCAUGCGCAUGUCUUGGCUUCCGUCGAGGAGUACUAUGACGAAAGUAGUGAUGACGAGGAGGGUGGCAGUACCUCUAGGCAGAUCGGUCUCAACAGCCCCACAAACGUUGACGCAGAUGAAGAUACCGAUGAGAAAGAUACUUCCGAUGAUUCUAGCGACGAUGAGAAGGAUGAUGACAGCGAUAUCGAGAAGGAAAGUGACACAGACAGCGAUGACCACUCGGAUAGCGAGGCGCAUGAUAGCUCUGAUGAUGCUGAGGAUUUCGACGAGGAGGAAGUUGAGGCGAAGCAUCAAACGGUCGUGAAUGCUAAGAAGUGA